GUUCCCCACAAGCGACAGGAAUGGCUCCCGUCUAACUGAGAAGAGUGCGACGCAGCUGACUUGCGGCCUGGGACCUCAAGUCUUCCUCUCCACCCACCGGACCUUUGCUUCACAGAUGGAAGAACAAGCAGCCAGCAGCAUGAAACUGCAAGCGGUUCAGUUACUGGCAGAUGAACAACUGCUGGCUCUCCAUCAUCAGAUGGUGGAAAGCCAGGCUUCCUAUCACCACAAACUACAGAGUUCACAGGAAGCACAGCACAGGCAGGCAAUACUUAUCCAAAAGCUACAGACAAAGGUCUUGCACUACCGGAAUUGGUGUAAAGAAUUAGAACAGCAUCUAAAAGCAGCCAGAGAGUCCCAUGCAUGUCUACAAGAUUACAAAGAAGACCGUAGUUUAGAGAAAGCUCUGAUUCAGUUGGAGGAAGAGCAGCAAAGGUGUGAGAAUUUGGCCGGGGUGAAUAUUUUGCUCCGGAAGCACUUGGACAAGGCAAAUGAAGUGAAUGAAGCUCUCCAAGAGGAUAUCAGGAAACUGACAGCUGACUGGACAAAAGCCAGGGCUGAACUGGAAUUCAAGGAGAGUGAAUGGCACAAAGAACGGGAGUUCUUUGAGAGUUAUAUGCAGGCGGAACAUGAUCGUAUCCUUGGGAUAUGGCGUCAAGUGGUGACAUUACGACGUUAUUAUAUGGAAAUGAAGACAGCAACUGACAGGGACCUGUCUGAGUUAAAGGCUGAGCAAGUGAGACUUUCUGGCUCUAUACUUGUCAGUUGCUUCCGUCUAAAUUCUGAAACACAGCGCUGGGAGACUAGCAGUGUAGGAAGCUCUGUUCAGAGGUGCCAGAUGCGAGAGCAGCAGCCUUAUUUGAGCCCUGAGAAAACAGAUAUGGAAAAGGACAUAUACCAGCAAGCACAAGCAAUUAUGAACUUACGUGUCAAAGGAGACUUGGCAAAGGAAGAUCUUCAAAAUAGGGUGAUUGAGUUGACUGCCUUGCUUGAAAAGUCUCAAAAACAGAAUGAGGAGAAGGAGAAGAGUUUGAAGUCUCUCAGGGACAGUCUGGAGAUUCUGGAGGCUAAUCGUUUGGAGAUGGAAUAUGAACAAUCAUUGAGCAAGAAUGUAAAUGAAGAGAUCCUUUCUCUUCAACAUGUGAUAAAAGAAAUAAGUCAAGCAGUAAUAAAUGAGAGUGAUGAAACCGUUUGCAAUCUGCAAGCUGAGAACCAUGCUGAGCCUUGUAGUUCCUUGCAACAGAAGCUUGGUGACCCACGUGGUACUCUCUUCCUUGUGCGUAAUGUGCUGAGCAGAAGAAGCAAUGAAGUGCAGCACCUGAAACAGCAGCUCUUAGCCAGUCAGAAUACUGUCAGUUCUUUGGAAGAGCAACAAGAGCAGCAGCAAGGGUACUGCUGCCUUUUGAGACAAAAGCUGGAGCAAAUGGAACGAGAACGAGACACGCUUACUGACCAACUUCAACAUCUUCAUUCUACAUUGGACACCUUCCGGAGUGACCAUGCAUCCCUCGAGAAGUCUCAGAAAGAAUUGCAGCAGCAGCUGGAAGUCUUAGAACAGGAGGCUUGUCACUUGCGUUGUAGCAACACUGAAUUACAGCUUAAAGGAGACAUGAUGAAUGGGGAAAAGGAAGACCAGCAGCAAGACUUGGAAAGGAUGCUGCGGGAGAGAGAACACCUUCAAGAAGAUCGAAAUGCCCUGGAAGAAAAGCAUUCCUUAUUAAGAAAUGAGUUGCUAGCUGUGAGAGAACAACUUGAAAAAUCUCGUCUUGAUGAGGAGUUGUUGAAACAAGAAAAAAAUGAACUGACUUCAGCACUAGAGCAGACUGAGCAGUCACUUGCAGAGUUAACCAGUGCACAUAAUAAACUGAAGGCAGAAAUUGCUGAUCUUCAUGAUGUGACUACAAAAAUGAGUGCUCUUAAUGAAGCUCUAGCAGUGGACAAAGUGGAGUUGAAUCAACUAAUCUUGAAGUUGGAGCAGGAAAACCAGAUGCUCUUGGACAAAGUGGAUCACCUAGAGAAAAUAAGGGUUUCUUCACAGAAACAGCUCAAACAAACUGAAAGAACAAAUCAGGAAUUAUGUGCAGAGAAGAUUCAGCUGGAGCAGUUCUUACAUAAGGCUGAUGAGUUGCAGAAUAGCUUACAGGAUGAGUUGAGAGAGCUGAAAGAUGAACAGAAAGAAACCUGUGAGAAGCUGAAUAAACUUCAUCACCAGCAUGAAACAUCUAGUACCAAUCUGGAACAAGCACACCAGGAGUCAUAUCAUCUUAAAGAAGUCCUAGCGAAGAUGUCCCAAGAAAAGGAGAUGCUGAUGCGAGAGAAGUCUACACUGGAAGUACGUCUGGGGGCUGCCAAGAGGGAGAGGUUGACCCUUACAGAGCAAGUAGCAGAGUUCAGAUCGACAAAAGAUAUUCUAGAAUCGAGCCUCUUUCAAGCUCAGCAGCAAGUGUCUCAAUUGGAAAUUAACAAUGGUCAUUUGGAAAUGAAAGUUCAGGCAAUCACACAGGCCAAAGAAGUUAUACAAGGAGAAAUACAGUGCCUUCGUAAUGAACUGGAAAUAGAAAAAUCAAAAGUUGAGCAAGAAAAGGAAGAAAAAGGACAGCAGCUCUUGCAGGCAGAACAAAAAUGCCAAGAAACAUUCAAUCAUUAUGAAAUUUUACAUAAGGAGGAAAUGAAUACAGUUUUUCAAGAAUUGAAAUCGGAACGAGAACGUCACCGCAUGGAAUUGGAGCAGGUGCUGCAGCGCAUGGUCAAGGAAAAAGAAGACACUGAAAGUCUGUAUGAGAGGAAGCUCCAAGAACUGCAGCAGGAGGUCAUUGCUGUACAAGCACAGAUGGAAAGUGAACUUAUUAAGGAACAAAAUGCUAAGCAACAGAUGCUGCUUGAAAAAGAAAGUGAGAGGAAAUCCUUACUAGGGGAGUUUUUCCAGACAAAAGAGGAAUUGGAUGGUACUCGCCAGCAGCUGGAGUAUCUCCAUCAGGAAAUGCAGAAGCAUCAAGGGGAGGAGCAGGAUACUAUACACAGUCUGGAAGCUGAUCUGAAGGAGGCUCAGAAUACAAUGGAAAGAUUAGAACAGCAGCACAGGGAAGAAAUAAAAUCUCUCAAAGAAGAAAUCAAUAUCCUUCUUCAACAACAGGAUGCUUUGCAAAGCCAGGUACAAGAGCUGGAAUCCCAGUUGUUGACAGCAAACGAUUCUUGCCAGUUGCUUAGCUUAGAGACUCAGCAACAUUUAAGAAACAUACAAGAAUUGUCGAAACAGAAGGAACUGGAAGUCACACACCUCCAAAAGAUGCUGGAAGCUGAAAGGAAGCAGAGAGAGGAGAUGGUGCAUAAGAAUAUUGAGUUACAGAGCCAGAAGGAAGAGAUAGAGCACAGGAAUAGAGAACUGCGAGCUAUGUUACAAAAUCAGUGGGAGGCAGAAAAAUAUCUGAACAGAGAGUUGCAGAGAAAGCAGGAAGAAAUGGAGCACCAGCGUGCCACUCUUGAAGUGCUGGAAAGGGAACACCGGUCCUGGGAAGAAGCAGAGCAUCAGAAUUCAAAGCGACAUUCUGUGCUUCAGAAACAGUGGGAGGAGGUCAGAUGUCAAAAUAAACAGCUGCAAACUCAGAAAGAGGAGGCAGAGGUUCAGAAUAUAGAGCUGCAGCACCAAAAAGAGGAGCUAGAACAUCAGAAUGCACAGUUGAAGGUGGCACUUCAGAGGCAACAAGAAGAAGCAGACCAGGAGAGAGCAGCCCUUCAUAUCCAUUGGGAAGAGGCCCAGCAAAGGUGUGCAGAGUUGCAGAGUUGGAAGGAGAAAGUUGAACAUCAGAACGCAGAAUUGCAGGCCCUUCUUUGUAGUCAAAGAGAAGAGUUGCAGUGUCAGAUUAUGGAGCUUAAGACCAAGCAGAAGGAGAUGGAAGAUCAGAACACUGCUCUGCAGAAGAUGAAGAAAGAGCAGAGCCAAUGGGAAGAGGUUGAGUGUCAGAAUUCAGAGCUUAAGGCAGCAUUGGAAACUCUGGAGCAGGAACGAGCUAGUGUGGCUCUGUUGUUGGAGGAGAAAGAGGUUAAGCUCCAAAAACUGCAAGACAGUGAUAAUUUUCAUCAAGGUGAAAUUGCCAAAUUGAAUACUGCCUUGCAGCAAUCAGAGCAACUACAUGUUGCAUACAGAAGAGAGGUGCAGGAGCUCAAAGGCCAGAUACAGUCACUCAAACAAAUGAUGGUAGAGAAGGAGACAGCUUUAGUAGCUCACAAAGAACAGCUGACCAAAGACCUAGAAGUAUCCCGUGCUAGUGAGCAGCAUGUGAAGGACUCCAUGCAGAUGCUGGAGGCUGAAGUAUCUAAGCUGCGCCUAAGCCUACAGAGCACAGAGAGUAGGGCUGAGGCAUUGGCAUCAGAGUGUCAGCAUGCUUGUUCUGCCCGUUGGGAGGCACAAUCGCAGCUGACUAAGUUGAGUUCAGUUCUACAGUACAUGUUGUGUAACAGCCCUGAUGAAAAACUGGAACGCAGAGGCCAAGGAGACAACAACAUUUCCAAUUCUUUGUCCAUUAGUGGAGAACAGGAUAAUGUAAUGGGACUUUCGCUGUCUCAGACAAAGGACUUUUCCAGAGAAGUUACAGUGGAGAGAGUGGCAGAAGCUGUUCAGAACCUGCGGAAAGAUUUAUGGCGGACUCGCCUAGAGCGGGAUGAAAUGAGAAAGAAUUCUGAGAAACUGAAGCAAGAACUCAGUGAAAAGGUAGCAGAAAGGGAUCGUGCAAAUGCCAAAGCACAAGAACUGCAACAUUGGUUGACUCAAAGCCAGGAAGAACAAAACAUGGCAGAAGGCAAACGGGGCUCCUUGGAAUCUGCUUUGAAGGAAGAGGUCAUUGCCUUCAAAGAAGAAAAUGUGACUUUACGUGGGAAGGUGGUUGCUUUGGAGAAGACUCUUGAGAUUACAGAGAAGCAAAAAAAGAAUAUACUGAAUGAACAAGAUAUGCUACAAAUGGCUAAAGAAAAGCUGUCAUGUGAGUUGGCCUUUCUUCGGGAAUCUGUCAAAGCUUCAGAUAUUCAAGCAAAAGCCAUGGAAAAGAUGAAUCAGUCUCUAGAGCAGGAGCUUCAAACAACUCUCUCAGCUCUCAGGCUUAAAGAAGAGGAAUUAGAGACCCACAAAGAGAGGAUUAAAACUUUGCAACAAGAGGCAGGAGUCGGAAGAGCUCUGCAAGAAAACCUGGACUAUCUGACUGUUAUACUAGGAAAGAGAGAUGAAGAAAUAAAAGCCCAACUGCAGCAGAUUCUGGAUUUGGAGAGGCAUGGAGAAAUUCAAAAAGCUGCUGUAGAACACCUUACUGAAAACCUAGAAAAGAGAAGUCAAGAAAUUGAAUCUCAAAAAACUCAGAUUGAAGGUUUGAGAAAGGAGAACGAAAUGCAUAAGGCUGCUUUAAAGAGACUAAAUUUAGAUUUAGAAGAGAGGAUUCAGUCCAUGAAUUCUGAACAAGAAAAGAUCCAGACACUGGAAGAGCUGACACAAAUCCAAAGAAUUACAAUAGAACGGUUGACUUCAAAUUUAGAGGAGAAAGUAAAGACAACUAAAACCAUGGAGGAGAAAAUCCAGUUUUUACAAGGGAAUAAAUGCUCAGAAAUGGAGUCUUUGAUGAAAGAGCUAAGUGAUUUGAAAGCACAGUUGAGUGAGAAAGAUUGGGAACUGGCAUCUCAAAAGCAGUUGCUUCAAGAACAAGAAGAACAGGGGAAAAAGCGUGAAAAGACACUUCAGACAAGCUUAGAACACAUGAAGGCCAUUCUGAGGGAUAAAGAAAGGGAGGUAGAAUUCCAGGGGGAACAGUUAAUGAGUUUCCAGCAGUGUGAGGCUCAAAAGGAAGCUCAUCUCCGUGAGCUUAAUGAGAAAGUAAAACAGUUGGCAUUCAUAGUGACUGAAAGAGAUGAAGAGCUUGAGUCACAAAAACAGCAAAUAAAAGAAAGAGAAGGGGAAAUGGAAGUGGAACGGAAGGCUCUUCAGGAACUUAUAGCAAAGACACAGGCAUCCCUGAAGGAAAAAAAUAUAGAGCUAGAGUUCCAGAGGAAACAUGAAGAAGAAGUGGAACAACAUGUACGAGUUCUGCUUGGAGAUGUCCAGUAUAGCACAGCAGUCUUAAAGAAGAAAAAUGGCAGUGCCCAGCCUCAAGAAGAGCUGUUAAAGCAGUUCAGGAAACAGCAUACAUGGGAGACAAUUAUUGAUAUGUUGGAGCUACUUAGACUGGUGUUAAUGGAGAGAGAAGAAGAAACAAAGUUUCUGAAUGAGCAGCAAAAAGAACACAAGGAAGAGAAAGAAAGAAUAGUAACAGAAAUGCAGAUAAAUCUGCAGCAAGCUUUGAGAAGUGGAGAGAGACAGCUGGAAUCCUUAAAGGAAGAGAACUGCCAACUUCGGCAACGAGAGGAAAAAGCGAUGGCAGAGAAACAUUCUAUCCUAGAGACACUGGAGGCCACCAGAUCUUUUCUUCAGGACAGAGACAAGGAGAUAAUAUCCUUAGAAGAGCUAAUCAAGAAACUCACAAGAGAGAAAGAGAUGGAACAAAGUAAGAUUGCAAGCCUACAACAGGAUCUGAAUAGGGUUAAGCAGUUGAUGUCAGAGAAAGAAGAAUUGCUUGUCAGACAGGCUGAAGAAAUUAGCACACAUCAGCUUAAAGUAGAACUCACACUCACAGAAUUAAAGGAAUGCCAGAAUCAGGCAAGCCAUCUGGAGGAAGUAAUUAAACAGAGAGAACAAGAGAAUGAGAAAGACUUCCAAGAGUUUCAGUAUAGAAAUAAACAGAUAAAAGAAUAUGAAGAAUGUUCAUGUGGAGAGGACGAAUUUCUGAAGGAAGGACAAAAUGAAAGGGAGGAAGAGAUGAAAGCACAAGAUGGGAGGAAGCAAAAGCAAAUGAAAUAUGAAAUUAAGAAGCUUCAGGAAAGUAUACAACAUCUCCAACAUGCACUGAAGGAAAAGGUUGAUGAGGUCGAAGGGCAGAGAGAGAAAGCUGAACAACUGGAAGAGAAAGUCAGAAGUAAAGAAAAGGAAUUGCUAAUGUAUAGUGAACAGCUGAAGGAAAUAACUUCUGUUCUGAGAUUGCAAGGCAGUAAUGAAGAGAACAACUUAAAGAAUUAUAUCCAAAGACUUCUUAUAUGGGAGGAGGAGGGUAAAGCCAUGAGAGAGGCUCUUCAAGAAAAAGAUCAGCAGUUGGAAUGGCAAAAGGAAAAAAAUCAACACUUGGAAAAUGAAAAAAAUGUCAAGAAAGAAGAAUUGGAUCGUAUAACAGCUAUUCUGAAAAAGACAGAGAGUGGAGAGAUAGAAUGGAGAGAGAGAGCACAGAAAUUGGGUUUGUCCCUUGCCCAGAGUGAACAGGCCCUGAGAGUCCUGAGAGAAGAAAUGGUUAUUGUACAGAGCAUGGUUUCGGACAGGGACCGGGACAGGUUUCAUUUGCAGGAGCAAUUGGAUACAACUCUCAGAGCUCUGGAGGAAGAGAGACUUAUUACAAAAGCUCUGGUAGGAGAUGUGGAUAGAUGGCCCGGAGACAAUGAUGUGCCAGAUGUACAGCACAGAGUAUCUGGAGAGGCUGUGAAAAAAGAGGGAGUGCUGCCAUGGGUGGCUGAAAAGACACUCUUGCACAAGCGUCUACAGCUUCUGCAGCAAGCCGUUGCCAGGUUGGAGAAUGAUAAACAAGGUCUAGAGCAACACAAUACCCAGCUUAGAAACGCACUACAGCAAGUAGAACAUGAACGGAGGAAACUGAAAAAAAGUUGUGGAAACUUGUCUCUCAGCUUGGGACUCUCUCAAACGGACUCAGAUCUGUCAAAGACUUCAUCUUUUGGAAAGGAUGAAACUCAAGUCCUCCAUAAGCAACUGGCAGAAUUUCAGAAACAGGUUUUUGUUCUACAAAAGCAGCUAUCACUAGAACGGAAGCAGAAGCAGGAUUAUAUUGAUUCAUGUGCCAAAAGAAACAGAGAGAUUUCAAGCUUGCAUCAAGAACUCUCAGAUUCGUUAGCUGCUGUGGCUAGGGAGCCUGAGGCUACUGUUCUGGAACUGGAGACCCACAAGCUGGAUGAGUCCCUGAACCACAGUUUGGCACUGGCAGGUGUAGGCUGGGAUUGCCUCAUAUCUGAAAAACAGCUAAUGAGCUCAACACCAAAAAGUAUCCCACAAAAUUCAAGGUAGCAUGGACUUAGUGGCAGGUAGCAUAAGCUUUGUGAAAUUCUCAUCAACUGUAAUUUUGAUACUGACAGGAAGUUUCUUUUGUAAAUGUAAAUUUUAACCCAUUGAACUAUAUGCAUGAGGGGUCAUAAGCCUUGCCCUCACUCAACUAGGUUUGUACUCCUGCCAAUUUUUAUCCUGAGAAUAUAAUUCUACGCUGUUUGGAACCAAUGAAGAUCAUGCAGAUAUAGACGUAAAUAACUGAAGAAGCAUACUGUGGAGAAUUUGCCUCAAAACAAAACUAUGCCAAUGUGUUUAUAACUGUUUAUAAGUAUUGAUUUUCUGCUUCAAGUAAAGUCAGCAUUACAAAAGUGAAUCCUGAGAGGCUGAGCUUACUGAAGAUAUUUUCAGCCUGUUUUUCCAGAAAGACUUUGAACUCUGGGGCAAAGGAAUCUGAAAGAAAAGAGUAUUGCUGUCAGUUGAAUUACUUACUUUUAGUGAGUAAUAAGAUUUUAUUUUCAGAAUGAAUGCAUUAACCUGUAUUAAACUAUUCCAAAGCAACAUAAUGUAAAAUAUCU